UCCGUCAUCAUCAUCAUUCUUGAUUGGAAUGGAAUUGCAAACACACACAGAUUCGACUGAGUUGACAAGCAAAAAAGAAUCUUUAAUGGCACUAAUAAUUCUGUAUCAUAUUUGAUGAUUACAAAUCAUCUUACAUUUUAAACCAUAAAAAUUUUAACACAUGAUCACCAAAUCACCAAAUUAAAUGAUGAUGAUUGGUGUGAUUUACGAACAAAAUCCAUUUCGAACGUAAACAUCAUCGUAUAAAUUGGGCACUGGAAAUCUGAUAAUAUACUUACAUUGUGUUAUUAUUAUCGAUGCCGAUUUUUGUAGAAUACCGCGGUACCAUCUGUUGCAAUUAACUAAAAAAAAAUCACAUGUCAUUUUUUAUCAAUCAAAAAAAAAAAUCCCAUUGAAAAAUGUCACAUCUUUUAGAUCCAAGUUUAUUCUCAAUUAAAGACAAACAAUAUCUAAAAAAUGAUUUAAUAUUUAUCCUGAAAUUUGCCGAUGAUUUACUUAAGAAUGCAAAAAUCAUUUCCAUCGAUUCUGUGGAUGAUGGUGAUCAUAAUAAUACAGAUAAUAAAGAUAAUAUUCGACAAUGGCUAACAAAACAUGAAGCUCAUGAAGAAAAAAUUCAAAAAAUGUUCUACAAUGCUCAAGAAGAAUGGCGAUCAGUAUUGCCAAUUGUUCCAUAUUUGAUGGAACGAUAUCUGCAAACAUUACAAAUGAGCCAACCAAAAGAAACAAUUUUCGAUAUGACCAUGGAUAUUUUACGUUCCCUUUCUAUUUGUAUCAAUCCAAAACGAUUAGCACGAUAUUGGCCUACCGAUGUAAAAUGGCUUAUUCCCGUAAUCAAAUGGACUGAACUAUAUCUUGACGAUCAUUAUGAUCCUAGCGUUCAUUUCUCUACCGCUAAUGUUCUAAUCAUAUGGCUAGCUUCUGCAAUCAAAACUCCUUUUGAUCUAUCACGAUUCGAUCGAAAUCAAUCGGAUGAUGAGAAAACAAUUUUGAGAGUGGAGAAAAUUAUAUUGAAAAACUUUGAAAAUUAUUCACUUUUUUCAGUCUUACAUCUUCUAAUUGGCUCAUUCUAUGCUCGUCAUGAUUGCCAUAAUCGUUUGCCAGAUUUUAUCACCAAACUAUUAUCGACUAUUCGUUCAUCGGAUUCAACCUAUUCAAAACUAUGUGCACUCAGAAUAUUGGCUACGUUACUAAAAUCAGUGGAUCGUAAUCGAAUGCUAUCGCAUGUGGAUAAAAUCGUUGCAACAAUAGUCGAUUCAAUUGAUCAUGAUCAUGAACAAUUUGUUAAACUUGCAAUCAAAAUUUAUGGUCGUUCAAUAUUGGUUCAUUUGAAACCAUCCACUGAAUUUAAAUGGCGAUAUCGAUGUGGUACAAGAAUCAUACAAGAAUUGCAUAACUCUUCAAAGCAAUCAUCAAUCGAUGUGGAAAAUAUUAAUGAAGAAACAGAAGAUUUUGAUCAGGAUAUACCCGAUUAUUUCGAGAAUCUCAUUCAAUUAAUGCUCCAAAAUUUAGUUUAUAAAUCCACUCCGGUUCGAUUCUCAUCGGCCAAAUAUCUGUCUACGAUUAGUAGUCGAUUGCCUGCCGAAUAUUCCGAACAAAUUGUUCAACAUAUCCUACAAUAUUGUCAUUCCAAUUCUGAAGAUCAUUAUUGGCAUGGUUCAUGUAUGGCAUUAGCAGAAUUCGUAAGACGUGGUCUUGUAUCUAUUGAUUCAAUGAUGCCGGAUAUAAUUCGGAUAGUGGAUGAUGCUUUGUUCUAUGAACAAAUCAAAGGAUCAUUUGUUUCUGGUUCGAAUGUUCGUGAUGCAGCUUGUUACAUUUGUUGGUCAAUGGCACGAGCUUAUGAUGGCAAAUCGAUCGCCCAGUUUGUUGCUCAUCUUGCACCGAUCCUUUUAAAUGUAGUUUGCUUUGAUCGUCAAUUGAAUUGUCGUCGGGCUGCUUCAGCUGUUAUUCAAGAAUUGGCCGGUAGAACUCAACAAUUUCCUCAUUGGAUUGAUGUGAUACCAAGAACAGAAUUUCAUUCGCUCAGUCAAAUCGAACACACUUAUCUGAAUAUUGGCUUUCAUUUUGCCAUCACUUAUGAAGAAUUUCGUCCGACAAUUGUCGACAAUCUGCUGUCACAAAAAUGUAUUCAUUGGGAUCCUGCUAUUCGACGUUUAGCAUCAAAAACUGUAGCGAAAAUCGCUAAUCAUUGUCCAUUCUAUGGCCAAUCUUAUCAUGAUAAAUUCAUGCAACAGUUUGAACAAAUGAUUCAAAUCGACUUAAAUCAUCAACAUGGCCUAAUGUUGGCUGCCUCAUAUUUGUUAAACGCUGAUGAAUCACUUCAAAAGCAAUCUCAUGUAAUUGAACAAUUGUUGAACAAAUUUUCACAACAAUUUCAUACACUUCGUCAUUCUGGAUCAACAUUUGGCAACAAUUUAAUCCGAGAAUCUCUUUUGGUUUUUGUGGAAAAAGCUAUCCCAUUUUUAGUGGAAAAAGAUCUAUCUGAAAUUGAUCAAUUCCUAAUCGAUUCUAUUCAAAUGAUCGAUUCAAAUGAAUUGAUUCAAUCAGCUGCUGUGAAUGCUACCUGUAGCUUUAUGCAAAAUAUACCAAUUGAUCAUGGUUGUCGAUUUUUACAUACAUUGAUAUCAAUGGCUAAACCUAAUUGUGACCAUUUCACAAUGUCUACAUUGGCACAAUUUUUUGGCCGUCACAUGAGUUCAAGUGACAUUAAAUCACUUCCAGAUGUGAUCACAAUGGUCAAUGAAAUUAUUGUUGCACUGGUUAAAUUCCAAGAAUAUUGGUUCGAAAAUGAAAUUCGUCGUCCAGAAACAAUAGCUGAUAUUGCUCAAUGUUUAUUACACAUUACAUCUUAUCAUUAUGAUCGAUUGUUGCAGAACCAUAGUGACAAUUCACGUUUAGUUUACACAAUUCUAUUGAAAUGUUUUGAUGAUCAUACUAUAACGAAAAAAGGUGACACUGGUCUUAUCAUACGUCGAGCGUGUAUACAAUCCUGUCUGAAUUAUGUCCACUGCAUAGAUUCAGAUCAACUUUUGAAUUUGAUUCGAUUGAUUACAUCCGAAGCGGCAUCAAAUCGUGGAUUUACAUUCAGACUUUCAAUGCAAAAAUUGGUUACAAUUUUCCAUUUUAUUCGAAACGAUUCACGACAUCAUGAUCUAUGUCAAUCGCUGGGCCUUGAAUCGAAUCGAAUUUUAAAAUUAGAUAAUGAAAUUGAUUCUAUUGAAGAUUUACAACUUUUUCAAGAGUUGCUAAAUUUAUUUCAUUGUGAUAAACUUGUCAUUGAUUUGUGGCGUGGACUAGUAUUGAUCGUAGCCGAUCCAAAUCUUGAACGUCAUUGUAAAUGUAUUAUCGAUUACAUCAAAGAUUGUCGGAACGACAUUCGACAAAAAUUGCUUGAACAAUAUUUGAUAUUGGCUGAGGCGAAUGCACGUUGCUUACGUUUAUCGAUACCUUUGUUGAUCUCAAUGAACACCAUUCUUAUCCGACUUGAAACUUGUCGACAAUUUCAAGACAAUGCCGCCAAAUUUGCAUGGCGAGCUUCGGAAAAAACAUCGAAUCCAAGAAAAUAUUUUCUUGCAUGUGAUAUAUUCUGUACAUUAUUAGUGUUUGGCCGUAUAAAUUUGGUUCAAGGUUAUCUCUAUGUAUUGUUAGGACAUCGAUUAGCGGUGAAAAUUCGUUCAUAUACAGCCACACAAAUGUAUGCAGCAAUAUUAUCGUUGGAUAUUGAUGAGCCAGAAAAAUUGUCCGAAAUUGCUGAAAUUCUACAACAAACCGAUUGGCUUGAAUUAAAUGAAGCAAAACGUGAACGUGAUAAAAUACGAAAUCUAAUGAAAGAAUUACCUUCAUCGUGA